AUGGACACAGAUGCUACUGCAAUCAACUCUACACGCGACGGAGAUGCAUUGCAAGAUGUAGACGUGACUUCACUGCCCACUUUGCAGUCACAUGUUGUGUUUAGACUACGACGAGUGAAAGACGACAAAGCACCUUGGAUUGUGGAAGUGGUGAUUUUGCUUUUUAAUGCACAGGGCGACAUGUUGCAGGUUGCUCGCGGUGUUUCGCCUGCUGACACAACCUUUUUCGGUAAAAACAAUUUGUAUGUGACUCGAGCCAAGUCGAAAGCGAUCGACGAGCGUGAAGUGGCGCACUUUUCAGUCGCGAAGCUGCAUCCAUAUGUUGAAGUCGUGGGAUGUUUGGUUACAUACGUAGAGGACGAGAUCGUCCGCUCUCCUCAACUCAAUGCAUUUUCACUCACUUGCGACCUCCAAGUUGAAGAUAACACCCAAUCUGCUUCCAUUGACGAUGAACAGUGCACUCGUUUGUUGGACGUAUGUUAUGAUCCCAAAACGGUCCAAAGACAAAGUGGCAAACAGCCAAAUGUGGUGAUACUUGGCAAAUUCUUUCGACGUCCUGGUCCAAUCUAUCAGGAGUGGGCAUUCCACGCUGCAAAAACGAAUUGUUGUCAUGUUGUCAUACGGAGCGCUGUGACGGCGUCUCUUGUCGAGACUAUGCAGUCUUUUUUACUUGAUCUGAUACCAGAUAUUACAAUACCGAAUCGAAAUCCAUUGACCACCGUUGCAGGAAUUUGCGCUGCUUUAAGUUGCAAAGAGUUAGAAGGCAUUAAACGCCAUUUUCCUGAUGAUGGACUGAGUAAAGGAGACUUUGCACGGCUACUCCUUUGGGAGUUAAUGCGUACUCGACCAAGUUUAAUGCAACAUUUUGGUCGGGCAACUGCUCUUGUUGGGCUUUUGUUCGAAAUGUUCGAGCAGAUAGAUAUCAACGGCGAUGCAAUGGUUAAUUGGGAAGAAUUUACGUCGUUUUGUACCGCCUUAGGACUCUUGGUUACUCAAAUUGCCCAGGAUGAGCGCAAUCGUGACGAAGGACAAAGUAACGAAGAUUCUCACAAUACACGUCCUCAAGAUCUAAUCAAUUAUCGUCAUAAAGCUUUGAGUAGCGGAAGUGCAAGUCGUACUUUUCCAUAUCAAAUCAAUAAGAUCAAAACGUUGUCAUUGCUUAAGCGACUUGCAGUGAUUGAACACAAAUCUCCUCGAAUCCUCAUAUUUGAUCUUGACAUGAAUUUUCUUCAUGAAUUUGAUUGCGGUGAGAAGCUUGUAGCAGAGAAAAAAGGUGGUGAGAAACAGAAAGAAUAUUUGGACAACGUGGAGGUUAUAGAUGCGGAGUAUAUUUCGUCUCGAAAUCUCUUGGCAGUAGUUACAAGUGACUCGUUCGUUUCCUUAUGGUCCAUUAUCGAUGCUACCGCUGGAACGUACGUGUUUAAUGGAAAACUCAUGGCACGUUUUCCAGUACUAUUUAUCAAAUGGUGUCCCCUACCUCUUAAGCGAUUGUUUGUUGCUGGUGGAUUAGCAGAGCACGUUCAGCUUUGGGACCUCGAUGCAAUACUGCAAACUGGGGUGUCGACACUAUCUCUGCCUUUGCUGCUUCCGCGUAGUCACACGGAACGGAUUGCAGCGUGUUUAGAUUUACCGGAGUCUCCAUAUAUUGCGACAGCAUCGUUCGACCAUACAAUCACAAUUUGGGAGACACAACCAGGUCCGGAAGUCGUUCUCGGCGGCCCAUCUGCGGUACUAGUUGUUUCUUCCGUGCUUCGAGGGCACCAGCAAGGUGUUUUGACACUUGACUUUGCUCAGUCAUUGCUACUAAGCUCAGGCUUUGAAUACCAAGCAUAUUGUUGGGGGCUUUCCGGACGAGUUUUAAAAACAAAAUUAGGAGGUCAUCAUCAUUGCCUUAUGGGGGCUAGAUUUGUAUCAACCGCUUCAAAUGAAUCAUGUCUUGCUGUUACUGGCGAUCAAAGUGCCCACUUUAAGCUCUGGGAUCUCACUCGAUGCGCUAAGGGUUCUUCUGGCAACCAUUUAUCGAUAAUGUUGCAGACAUUCGAACUUCAUACACCAAAUCUCUGUCGCUUUCGAAUGUUCACCACCACGUCAAAUAAGCAGCCUAAUGAACCAGGAACUCAAGCGCGUUUGGAAAGCUCUGCUUCCGAUGUUAUUACUGGAAAUCUGCGUCUAUAUCGCUUCAGUGCGUUCACGCCAUCGACACGAGCAUUAGACGAUGCGACUUUGGAUGAAGCGGCUGGUUUGGCCCCCACGCGUUUUGUCGUCUUCAAUGCCGUGACGAACGUUUUUGUUGGAGCAGUAGAAAAUCGCAUUACUGUGUGGAAUGCUAAUUCUGGUUUGAAAACGGAAGAGCCCGUUAUUAUUCGAAACACAGAAGUUUGUGCCAUCACGUUUGACAGUCCUCGAGAAAGAAAACUUUUUGUAGCUACUAGUGAUGGUGCAAUUCGCCUUUAUAAUCCCGUAACGGGAGCAUUGCUGCGGAAAGAAGUCGUGCAUGACGGUGUCGUGACUUCUCUCGUGUUUUGUUCUCACGCUAAUUGUUUAGUGUCAACUGGAGAGGAUCAAAAGAUUUGUUUGUUGGACUCGCCACCUGGAAAAUUAAAACUGGAGAUACUGCAUUUUCUGGAAAAAGCCCACACGUCAAGUAUCACAUGCUGCGCUUGCUCAAUGCCUUCACCGUUCAUUCAACCAGCAAGAUUCAUUGCUACAGGUGACGACGCUGGUGGUGUACACGUAUAUGAUCUUCAUCACAUUACUUUCAAAUUUCGUUGUGCGAAUGUGCACACCCGCGAAAUUAGCGUUUUGCAUUUCGCAUCAGCCACGCCUGGAUUGUUUAUCUCCGGUGAUGUUAGCGGUAAUAUCUUCAUGUGGUCAACAAAUGGAGUUCGAAGUUCCCUCGCCCAGCCCCUAUUGCGCCUAAAAAUGCAAGAGCUUAGCCCUUUAAUUUCAGAUCCAACGUUGGAGGUCGAUGGGAUCACGGCUGUGUGCUCCACAAACACUAAUGAGACUUCACAUGGAUCGAAAAUGUUGUAUGUUGGAGUUGAAUCGGGGCAAAUCUUUGCGUGGGAUCUACAAUCUCUUCCAACAAACAUUUUAAUGGAAGGCCACGCGGCAAGGCGUUUAGCCAUUUCCCAACGUCAUUCUCAGAGUGAAGUGCUCGGUCAAGGUUUCGAAGCAAGUAUUAAAAGUGCGAUCUUGCCAGUAAUAUUACCCAUAAAGUCCUGGAUGGCACAUCGAGCAGGUGUCUUGUCAGUGCAAAGUGUAGUGUAUCCAGGUGAAUUUUUGUCUUUAGGUGUCGAUGGUGUGGUCAAGAUCUGGGAUGAUACUGCAGCUUGCAUUGGACACAUUUUGACCACUUCCGAGCAAAGUGCGGCCUCAGCAUCCGCUUGGAAAUUUAUUCGUCGUGACCAUUUGAUCGGAGGUGAUCAAAGACAACUUAUGGAGCAAAUUGCACGCGAAGUAAUGGCAAAACAUGAGCGUCGACUGAAGCGGGAGCUCAAUCGCCAACAGAAGCUUGAAAUUUCUCCUCGGACCAAGCAAUUGGACUCACUCAACUCCUCGUUGUCACUAAUGGAGAUUUGUUCGCCGACUAACAAAGUACCAUCUUCAACAUCUUCUCAACUUCCAACUGCCUCGAAAGACCUUACCAAUGGAGCAUGUGCCUUGUUCACGCAAGUGCCGUUCUCAAUUGCAUCAGUUUCAUCGGGGAUUCGCCAGGGAUUGUUUGGCGUGGAGGAAGCUCGACAACUUCGUUAUAUUGCCAAAAACUCCAAAGGAUUGCAUAUAGGUGCACAUGCUAAGCGGAAAAAGAUUGCAAAACUUGCUCCACUACUCUCACUUGGGGAGACUAAUCGAACCGACGCCAUGGCAAAAGCAAAAGUCUCGGCAGUCUUUAAUAAGGAGCCACAAAUUGUAGACUAUCCUUCACGAGUGCUUACAAAUUUUCCACUGGAGCUCGAGCGUCGCGCUGCUGCUAAUGCUAGAGUUUCUGCUACUGGUUUUCAUGUAAUCGACGCCGAACCUUCAAUGUUUUUGCGUGAAAAACUACAUGAUGAUGCUUUAUUGAAAAGGAAACAAGAAAAAUCGACGCAGAAGAAGCGGUUGUAUCCACCCGAUAGGAAUACACGAGCUGUAACUUUGGAUCGAAAUGUGUCUUUACCGAAGCUGCCGCAGCCUUCACAUGGGGAAGAACUGUUAGAUUGCUCAACAUUGAUCAAACCUUUGAACUUUAGUGCAUCUGAUUCUAUACUCGCAACAGCAUCGACACCACUUAAGCUGCCAAUUUCCUCAAGUCCAGAAAAGAUCAGUCGCAAUAUUGAGCGGAAAUUGAAUCUUUGCCAGCAAAUCGAGGCGAAUGUUAGCGACAUGAAAUAUCAAGGCAAGAUUGUGAGAAACAAGGAGUCAAUGAAAACCACAUCAACUUGUAUGUUGAAAACCGUAUCUGAGUAG